AUGGACUACAGUUUGUUAUGUCCGAUCAAAUACACAGAACACAGAAACGUUUCUAGGAAAAUCACUAAGCCCCCAUUAUUGAAGCCUAAGAGGUUUUCCGAGCACCGGAAAGUAGAGAAAUACAACUCGGGUAUUCCGAGGACUGUACGGGUAUCAGUCACUGACCCUGAUGCUACAGACUCAUCGAGCGAUGAAGAGGAUGAGCUUUUUGGACGGCGACGAGUCAAGAAGUAUGUGGAUGAGAUUAGUAUCGAGAGAUUCGAAACUGUUAGUAAAACCAGUCUGAUUGCAGUAGCUAAUAGCAAGCAGAGAACCGGAGAGACACUUCCGGCUAAACGGAAAACGGUGAAGGCAACACCCGCCGUAGGUAAUGUCAAGAAGUUCAGAGGUGUACGGCAACGGCCGUGGGGGAAAUGGGCGGCUGAAAUCAGAGACCCGGCAAGACGUGUCAGGCUUUGGUUGGGGACUUACGACACCGCCGAGGAGGCUGCAAUGGUCUACGACAAUGCUGCGAUUAAGCUCCGUGGACCAGACGCUUUAACGAACUUCGUCACCCCCCCGCCAAAGGAGAAACCGGAGAUUAAUAUGACCUCAGUUUCCGGCUACGAGUCCGGCGAUGAGUCUCACAACUUAUCAUCUCCGACUUCGGUUCUACGCUUCAGAACCAGUCAUUCUAGCGAAGAAACUGAACAGAAAAGCCAGCUUGAAGACUCUGAAACGGUUCAAGAAAUGGUGAAAGAAGCUGAAGAGUCUCAAUCAGUUGAAGAAAGUACGGAAAGUGAAGCGGUUCAUGAACCACAAUCUUGUCAAAAAACAGUUCAAGAAGAUGAAGAGUUUCAGGGUGAAACUGGUUUAUCAGAUUAUUCAACUGAAUAUUUGCCGAUGGAUUUACCAUUUUUCGACAAUCUCUUCAAUUUCCAAUGUCCAGAGCCAAUGCAAUUCGACGAACCCAGUUUAUCAGGCGAACCCAUUUUCUCCGACAUCUUCUUGACUGAAGAUUUCAACAUACCCUUUGACGAUCUUCCAGUUUUUGAAAAUGAUUUGCUUGGCGAUGAUCUCGGCAUGUUUAACGGUUCAGUUCAUGAUCAUCUCGGAUCUUCGUCAAUGUUGGAAGUGGACGAUUAUUUUCGAGACAUCGUGGCAUUCUUUUUAGCCCACACGUCGGCGCAAUUAGCGGUUGACCAUUUCCAAAGAGUUGAGUCAAGUCGGUGUGGGUCGUGUGAAAAAUUGAAUUCUGAAGGUCCCAAAUUUUUGAAGUUUCCUCCCAAUUCUUGUUGUUUAGUGUUGCAUGCUGCCCAAAAGCACAAGUCCAUAUAA